AUGUGGAAAGAGGAGAGAAGGAAUAAGCUGCGUCCCGUAUUGAAAAUGACCGACAGUGUCAUUAAACCGUUUCUGUGCGAGGUGAUCGACAAGGCAAUCCUCCGAAAUGAAUGGGAGAAGUGGUUGAGGGCAUUUACAAUAUACCUCGAGGCCGAGGGUAUUGAUACCGAGAAGCAGAAGAGGAGUAAGCUACUGCUUUUGGGAGGAGUCCAGCUACAGUCAGUAGUAUACUCUCUACCUGGUGCGCUGGUGGAGCCCAGCGACGGAAAUAAAGAAGACAUCUAUAAAAUCCUCAUCGACCAUUUAAAUAAACACUUCUCACCGAAGCAGAACUCAACGUUUGAAAGACAUCUAUUCAGAGGCCUGACACCGUUGGACACAGAAAGCUUUGGUGAUUUCAUGCUGCGACUCCGCCAACAAAUGCAACGAUGUGCAUUUGGAUCCUCAAAAGCGGAGAUUGAGAAUAUAUGUCUAAAGGAUAAAAUCAUAGAUGUGUGGGCACCUCUAGACCUCAAGAAAAGACUUUUGGGAAAGGAGUAUUCACUAGAGGAAGUGAUCGAAGCAUGUCAGGUUGAGGAGCAGAUCAACAAGGAAUCAAAAGAAAUGACAUCAAGACCAAUUGCGGAACCCAUCUGUAAAAUUACACAUCGUGGUUUUAAACAGAGUGGGGAGUGCCCCAGAUGUGGAAAAUUCGGACACACACACAACGACCCAUCAUGUCCGGCAAGAAAUGUGACUUGCAAUAAAUGCUCGAAGCCUGGACACUUUGCCAGGAAGUGCCGAACUAACUUGAACGGCCGAUUCCUUAAGUCUCAAAGGAAUAACCUGAAAAGGCCUCGCACGUAUAUUCGCUCUGUCGAAGAGGAGGCCACCAGCUCCAAACUCAAAAAGGGCGAGGCACAUUGCUUUAAAGUGUCAAGCGAAGAUGAAGAGGAGUUCAUACGAUGCCGAGUGGGAGGCCGUGAAAUUUCUUUGAUUAUUGACUCGGGGUGCAAGUUUAACCUUGUCAGCCACGCGGACUGCUCUCUGCUAGUGAAGAGAAAAGCCACAGUCUUUAACGUAAGAACUCAUACAGAAAAGCAAUUCCGAGCCUAUGCCUCUAAUAAAUUACUACGAGUAAUGUAUAUUUUCGAGGCCCCAAUUUCCGUUGAGCCGGGUACCGAAGAGAUUGCCUCAUUUUAUGUGAUUGAAAAUGGAGAACAAUCUCUGCUGGGCCGAGACACGGCUAUAGAAUUAAAAGUCCUCCGACUGGGAAGAAACAUUAACCGUAUUGAGGAAAUGGAGCCUUUUCCAAAAUGGAAAAACAUUGAAGUAAGCCUUUCCAUAGAUUAUGAUGUGAAACCCGUUCAACAACCAGUGAGACGAAUCCCGGCAGCGCUCGAAGACAAAGUUAUGGAAAAACUGGAUGAAGUCCUGAGUCGAGAUAUAAUUGAACCAGUCACGGGCCCGAGUGCUUGGAUAUCUCCCAUUGUGCUUGCGUUUAAGGAGAACGGGGACAUCCGCUUAUGUGUCGACAUGCGACUGGCAAAAAAAGCAAUCCUACGGGAAAACUACCCAUUACCAACUUUCGACUGCUUUAUGACCAGACUCAAAGAGGCUAAAUUCUUCGCACCCCUAGACCUCAAGGACGCCUAUCACCAACUGGCCCUUGAUGAAUUGAGCCGGGAAAUAACAACGUUCAUAACUCCAAGGGGACUUUUCCGCUAUACGCGUUUGAUGUUUGGAGUAAAUUCUGCUCCCGAAAUUUUUCAACGCCUUCUCGAGCAGAUGCUAUCUGCGGUACCUAACGCCAUGAACUUCAUCGAUGAUGUCAUCAUCUUUGGCGCAACUGACCUCGAAAUCGACAGCGCCGUAAAAGAAGUAUGCCAGAUCUUUCAGGAAAAUAAUGUCCUACUGAAUAAAGAAAAGUGCAUCUGGAAGACAAGCAAACUAAAAUUCCUCGGACAUAUUUUAUCCGACAAGGGAAUAGAAGUCGACCCUGAGAAAAUUGACGUCAUCCGAUCUUUCAGAGACCCAAAGAACAAAGAAGAAACGCGGAGCUUCCUCGGUUUGGUGACCUACGUCGGGAAGUUCAUUCCGGACCUUGCAAGUCAUACAGAUCCUCUAAGAAAACUGCUGAAAACUGAAAGCAAAUUCACCUGGGGCGAAGCCGAGAAAAAUGCUUUCAGCAACCUAAAGAAUCUCCUAUCCAAGGUACCCAAAUUAUCAUAUUUCAAUCCAAGGCAUCGAACACGGGUGAUUGCGGACGCCAGCCCGGUUGCCCUUGGGGCUGUGUUAUUGCAAUUCAAAUUCGACAACGAACCUUUAAUAAUUACCUUUGCUAGCAAGGCGCUGUCGGAGGUGGAGAAACGCUACUCCCAAACUGAAAAAGAGAGCCUAGCGCUGGUUUGGGCAGUGGAGAAAUUUUACUACUAUCUGGCAGGCCUGCACUUCGAACUCGUAACUGAUCACAAGCCCUUGGAAGCCAUUUUCAAACCAACAUCCAAGCCCCCAGCUCGCAUUGAAAGGUGGCUGCUGCGGCUCCAGUCAUAUACGUUCACCGUUAUCUAUAAAUCCGGAAGAGACAACAUAUCAGAUGCGUUGUCUCGACUCUGUCAACUACCGGCGGUAGAACCAAUCGACCACAAGACGGAAUACAGCAUCCUUCGCGUCGCACAGAGCUCUAUACCAAGAUCUAUGACAAUUCAUGAAAUAGCAGAGUCUUCCAAGAGGGAUGAAGAGAUUAUGGAUGCAAUCAGUUGCCUGGAGAACGACUCCUGGAAGCCCGAUAGUUCAGUGGGCUUCUACCCGUUUCGGUAUGAGCUUUCAGCGGUUGGCUCGCUCCUUUUGAGGGGAAACCGCCUAGUCGUGCCAACAUCUCUGAGAGUAAAAAUACUGGAGUUAGCCCACGAAGGACAUCCCGGCGAGACAGCAAUAAAACGCCGCCUGCGAUCCAAAGUAUGGUGGCCACAAAUAGACAGAGAGGCAGAAAAGUUUGUCAAAGCUUGCAGAGAUUGUUGCCUGGUAUCACAAGACAUCAGGCCACCCCCUAUGGACGGGAAUCCUUUUCCCACUGGCCCUUGGAUUUGGGUAGCGUCGGAUUUACUAGGUCCGCUUCCCAACAAUGAAUAUGUUCUAGUCUUCAUUGACUAUUUCUCACGAUAUAUGGAGCAUAAGUUUCUUAAAACCAUAUCUUCAACGACCCUGGUAGAGGCAAUGAAAGAGAUCUUCUGUAGACUGGGAUAUCCUGAGCACCUACGAACGGAUAAUGGACGCCAAUAUGUUAGCGAGGAGUUUUCUAACUACUGCAAAGCCAUACGCAAAUGGAAAAACUACAAAGAGGAAAUCCAAAAAUUCGUUCUUAUGUACAACGUAACCCCACAUGGAACAACAGGGUCUGCGCCCACAAAGCUGAUGUUCAACAGAGUCAUCCGUGACAAAAUACCGGGCAUUGGGGAUAUCUGCGAGAAUACCUUAGACUCUGGAGAGAGAGAUAAAGAUAUUAUUGAAAAAAAUAAGGGAAAGCAGGCAGCCGACAAAAGAAGAGGGGCAAAGGAAGUCGAUAUAGAAGUGGGCGACAAGGUGUUUUUGAAAAACGUAGUGUUCCCAAACAAACUUACACCAAACUUCGACAAGACGGAAUUUACGGUUUUAGAACGACACAAUAAUAUUGUGGUGAUCGAAGGGGGUGGUAGAAAACUAACAAGAAAUGCCUCACAUCUUAAGAAAGUUCCAGCUAGCCAAACGUAUCCAGCCUCCUGCCCAACGCCGCAACCAAAUGACAGCUUACCGGAAUCAACACCUACCUCGGAGAACGCAGUACUCCAGCCCACAGAAGGAAGCCCCGGGAUCCAGCCACCCCUGCCGUCAUUAAAGCUAAAACUCGUUAAUAAAGGAGGGAUGUGGCGACCGGCGUUGCCAACAACCAAGCAUCGGGAGAGCAGCGACGGGAGAGACACUACCGAUCGCCUAGUGUCUGAGUAA